AUGGUAGAAGUAGCUCCAGCUCCAGCUCCAUCUUUUCCAGCCAAAGCAGCCAAGAAGAAGGCUUCCAAACACAGGAAGGUGGGCCCCAGCAUCAAUGAGCUCAUCCAGACUGUGGCCGCUUCCAAGGAGCAAAGAAAUGUGACUGCAGGUGGUCUAAAGAAGGCUCUGGCUGCUGGAGGCUACAACGUGGACAAGAACAAGGCCCACAUCAAGACUGGCAUCAAGAUGAUGGUGACUAAGGGCGCUCUGGUCCAGAUCAGUGGGUCUGGUGCCUCCAGCUCCUUCAAGAUCAAUAAGAAGCAGGCUCACAGCAAGGCCAAGAAGUCCACAAAGAAAGUCACUGCUAAAGCCAAGAAGUCCAAUGCCAAAAAAGUUGUAGCGACCAAAAAGCCCUAGACGGCGACAGCCAAGAAGCCAUCGGCCAUUAAAAAGUCCCCCAAGAAGGCCAAGAAGCCUGCAGCAGCCAAGAAAGCCACUCUGCAACAUUCGAACUCCUCAAAGGUUCUUUAA